AUGCAGCUACCAGCCGCGCUGCACGCACGCCUGGCGGGGGCACCCGGGUCGGCCGAGCCUCUACCCGUGGAGCGGGACCCCGCGGCCAGGACCGCGCCCUUCCGCUUCGCGCCGCGCCUGGUGCGCUUCCCACGGGAGCACGACUUCUUCGAGGAAGGGGACGUGCAGCGGCACCUCUACCUCCAGGAUGUGCUCACGCAGGUGGGCGGGGCGCCCGAGAGGCCCAGGGUGCCCGAGUUCACCUGUCAGGUGGCCGGCUGCUGCCAGGUGUUCGACGCCCUGGAGGAUUACGAGCACCACUACCACACUUUGCACAGAAACGUCUGCUCCUUCUGCCAGCGGGCCUUCCCUUCUGGACACCUGCUGGACACCCACAUCCUGGAGUGGCACGACUCCCUCUUCCAGAUUCUGGCCGAGCGGCAGGACAUGUAUCAGUGCCUCGUGGAGGGCUGCACAGAGAAGUUCAGAACCAGCAGAGACCGGAAGGAGCACCUGGUGAUGUGUCAUCUCUACCCUGCGGACUUCCGCUUCGAUAAACCGAGGAAGAGCAGAGGGUGCAUGUUGGCAGAAGCCCUGCGGGAUGACGGGGUGCCGUCGGAAGGCGACGCCAUGGAAGUCUGCUCUGAACACGUGGAGCCCCCACCAGGACCCGCGGGAGAGAGGCGGGCCUACAGCCACAGGAUACCAUCUACCAUCUGUUUUGGUCAAGGUGCCUCACGAGGAUUUAAAAGGGCCAAGAAGAGAAAUAAGCACCAGUAA